AUGCAUAACAUAGUUCACGUAGAUGAGAAAUGGUUCUACAUGACAAAGGAUUCACAUCGUUUUUAUCUCACACAAGAGGAGAUUGAACCACACAGGAGCUGUAAAAGCAAAAAUCACAUCAUCAAGGUGAUGUUCAUGUGUGCGGUAUUUUCCCAUUCACAGAGUCUGUUCCAGCUAAAAGAAGGAUUAAGUACAGAGCAGCAAGGUACUCUAGAGACAAAACCAGUGCAGUCUAUAACACAACAGGUGACUAGACAGAUGUUCAUAAACAAGAUUAUUCCUGCUGUAAUGACUAAAUGGCCUCGAAAUGCAUCCAAGUUGAUUUUCAUUCAACAAGAUAAUGCGAAGCCACAUAUAACUGAUUCAGAUUUAGAGUUCAGACAGGCUGCCACUCAGAAUGGGUUUGAUAUAAGGCUCAUUCAACAACCCCCCAACUCACCAGACACGAAUGUCAAUGACUUGGGGUGGUUUAGAGCAAUUCAAAGCAUUCAGGAAGAGACAGCUUGCACAAGUGUUGAUCAACUAGUUAAUGCAGUGUGCAAGAGCUUUAUGGAGCUCAGUCCAGUUGCCUUGAACAAGGUAUUCUUAUCACUACAAGGGUGUAUGAUAGAAACAAUGAAAAUCAAAGGCCACAAUGCAUAUAAACUGCCACAUAUGAAGAAGGAUGCUCUCAUUAGACAGAAUGCCCUUCCAAUCACAUUGGAAGUUGACAAGAAUCUAGUUAAUGAGUGUAUAAAUCACAUGAUACAGUCAGGGGAAGAAGCAACCAUGCAAGACUAA